GAAAUGAAAAUAGUGUUCAAGUUAUGACACAUCAUUUUACCAGUCACUACUUAUAUUGUCAUAUUGUCGGUCAACGAAGUCAACGUGACAAGUGAACUUGACCGUCAGUUUGAAAUUUUUGUGUUUAAAAUUUUACUUAAAAUGUAUUAAUUGUGGAUUGUUUCAACCAUUAUAAUAAUUAAUCACCAUUAUAGCCGAUAUUGAUAAAGUGGAACCCAAAACUUUUUAACCUUCAAAAAAUGCCUGGAAUAUCUUAUGAAAGUGCCCAUAAUUCUGGUGGAGGAGAUGCAGAUUCUACCGUUAGAUCUAACGCACCAAUAACCUAUAGUUCCGAUGGACAAUUCACACCCAGUGACUCCAGAACAUCCUCUAAUCAGACAUAUUUCGCAGAUGAAAAAAUAAAAAUACCGGAUAUUGAUGGGAAAAAAUUCAGCUUUAAGAAAUUAUGGGCGUUUACUGGUCCAGGAUUUCUGAUGUCUAUCGCAUAUUUAGAUCCGGGUAAUAUAGAAAGUGAUUUACGAAGUGGCACCGUUGCUCAAUAUAAAUUAUUAUGGAUACUUUUGAGCGCCACACUUUUGGGCUUAUUAAUGCAAAGGUUGUCAGCCAGAUUGGGCGUGGUAACAGGCUUACAUUUGGCUGAAAUGUGCUACAGGCAAUACAGGAAAGUACCAAGGACGAUAUUAUGGAUAAUGAUUGAAAUAGCCAUUAUUGGAAGUGAUAUGCAAGAAGUUAUAGGAACCGCUGUUGCCAUAUAUUUACUCUCUAAUCGAGUCAUACCGAUAUGGGGAGGAGUUUUGAUAACGAUAAUAGACACAUUUACAUUUUUAUUUCUUGAUAAAUACGGCUUAAGAAAACUCGAAUCCUUCUUCGGAUUGCUGAUAACAAUAAUGGGCUUAACGUUCGGUUUCGAAUACGUCACAUCCAAACCAGAUGCAGCGGGCGUAGUUAAAGGGAUGUUCAUUCCAUGGUGUUCGAAUUGUGACUCUAGAGCGUUACUACAAGGAGUUGGAAUAAUCGGAGCGGUAAUUAUGCCUCACAAUCUCUAUCUACAUUCCGCUCUUGUAAAAUCGAGAGCUAUCGAUCGAACAAAGCCAGAAAAAAUAAGAGACGCUAACAUGUAUUUUUUUAUAGAAGCGUCAGUAGCUUUACUUAUAAGUUUUAUUAUAAAUGUGUUUGUGGUAGCCGUAUUCGCCCAUGGAUUAUUCCAAACGACCAACCAAGAAGCCCAUGAUUUGUGUGCCAAGCAUCCCGCCUUCAAUGCCUCCAUAUUUCCGGAAAAUUCCGAGUAUGUAGAUGCGGAUCUGUAUACCGGUGGUAUAUUCCUCGGUUGUAUGUAUGGAGUAUUAGCAAUGUACAUUUGGGCAGUUGGCAUCCUUGCUGCCGGUCAAAGCUCUACAAUGACAGGUACAUACGCCGGUCAAUUUGUUAUGGAAGGAUUUUUGAAUCUACAAUGGGCUAAAUGGAAGAGGGUGUUGUUUACUCGUACCAUAGCAAUAAUACCAACAUUCUGUUUAGCUUUUUUUAGCAAUAUUAACGAUUUGACGAGUAUGAACGAUAUUUUAAACGCAAUUAUGAGCCUUCAAUUGCCGUUUGCUACAAUUCCAACCAUAGCUUUCACUAGCAACCCGCAAAUAAUGGGAAAAUUUGUAAACGGAAUUGGAAACAAAGUGGCAUCCAUUUUACUGAGCAUCGUGGUAAUAGGAAUAAAUACUUACUUUGUAAUAAGCUCUGUAGAUAAAAUGGAAUUGAAUGGAUUUCUACUUUUUUUAGUGAUAACAGUCGGUAUUGUUUAUUUAAUAGUCUGUUGUUAUUUGGUGUUACAUAUGACCAUAUCGAUGGGUAAUACGAGCUUAUUACGAUUCAGUUUUGUCAACAAGUACAUAAUGGGUCCGGUAGAUGCCACUUUAGAUAUCAGUCCUACUUGUUAUACGAGCCUUCUUCGAGGUGCUUAGCUUUUUACUGAUUAACCUACUGGAAACUAAUUUGAAUUAGUAUCAUAGUUCUAUUUUUCAACAUUUUUUAAGGGUUAAUUUGGAUCUACCUGACGACAAGUACAAUUUUUAACGAAAAAUUUUAAAAAUAGGUAUUAUUCGAAAUUGCCAUAUCGAAUCUAAAUACUGGGUCAGCGUAAUAGCAACAUGCCAGGUAAAAAAAUAAAUUAAAUGUAAAUAGGUAAGAUAUUUAUUUUCAAAUUUUAUAAAAUUCCACCAAAAAUAUUCAAAAAAAAUAUAUAACUAUUGUAAAAAAAAAUUAUUGAAAAACGAAAACAUAACCAAACAAAACAAAAUAAAAAAGUACAAGACACUAAUAAGACCAGUAAUUAUUUAUGUGAUGGAAACAACAGUAAUAAACAAAUAAAAAGAAGGAGAAGAACUGAGAGAAGCAUAUAACAGGUCCAAAUAUAACGCAGGAGGGAAAAAGGAGAGCAAAGAUAAACAAAGAAAUAGGGAAAGAGCUGGUGAAGGAAAAUAUUGUGAGAUACAUAAAAGCACAAAUGCUCAUCUGGGCCGGGCACAUAAGGAGAAGAAAACCAACUGAUGUGAUUAAAAGAAUAAUGCAAUGGACCCCAUCGUGGUCAAGGGGGCCGAGAGAGACUUGAAAAAACGAAAUAGGAGGACACUUGAUAUAGAGAACUGGAGGGCAAAAUGCCUGAACCGAAAGGAAUUGAAAAUAGUAACAAAAGCAGAUAAGACUAACGAUAAACUAUAAAGAAAACAAAAAUGGAAAACGAGAAGUAAUCCACCUCAAAAAAGGAUUUUAAAGCGCUAAAAUCGAUAGCCAUAAUCCAAAGUAUUGAAAGGUUUGAUGAUGAUGAUGAUGAUGAUUUAUUUUUCAAAUUUUGAAAUAUUUAUUCUGGUUUCAUUAAUAUUUAUAAAUAACACACAUAAACGCUCACGUGACAUCUCCGGACAAACUACAAGGAUUAAUGCUAAAGGUCCUCAUCCUGAUUCGCGCGUAGACUCCUUCCUCUCCCUCUAGUUCUAAAACAGAUUCCGGGUGAUCUUUAUAAUCUAUUUUUAUGAAUGAGAGAGUAAUAAAAUGACGAAGCAUUCGUAAUCCAAAGACGUAUCACUUCUUUUAGUGGACAUUUAAAAUAUUGGACUGAAUAUUUGAAGUUUUCCCGAUUGGUUCAACUUAACUAACUGCCAGCGCCAAUCUUUCCAUAUUUUCGUUAGUUGUUACAGAUAAAAGUCGUCCAAAUCGCGGCCCGUUUUUAACAAUUUCUCAUACGGUUUCUACUAUGUUGAACGAUUUGGUAGCGGCGAAUUCGGAAAUUGUUGUCGGUAAACAUAGUUUCAAAAUUCGCAUGAACUUGCAUCGGUUAUUCAUUUUGAGAACGCGUCUACUCGACGAGCACAGAAACAACUGUCAAAACACGGACAUGUUCGUUCUAAUAUUUUUCUACAGCGUUGCCUGACUUAUGCCGACCUCGAUAAUUGAUUCCAUAUGGUAAUGGUUAAGACAAUUCGUAUCAUGAACGAUCCGUCAACCUUACACGGGGCUCUUGUGCCAUGUAAACUGUUUACCUUCGAUAUCUGAAGACGAUGUUUGGGUUUCGAAACGAUUGUGUUCAGAACGCCAUCUAUACUAUAUAAUUAAACAUAUUCAUACACUAUCAAAUCGUUAAAUAAUGACUCGCCCCAUGUAAGGUUAAUUAUGUAGAAGAAAAUAUUUAUUAUAAUUGUAUAAAAUAUAUUUGCUCAAAACCUAAGAUUUAAGAAAGAAAUAAAAGUGUAAAAAUGGCAUCUUUUUCUCACUUGUUACAUUAUUAUCUAUUUAUUAAGUUUGUUCUUGGUAGCUGCACUGGCAGAACUAGUUCAGUGUACACUAAAGCGUUAUUUGUAGUAGAACCAGCGCUAGUGUCCUUCUUGCACCGGGUCUAGAGUCAGUACAAUAAGUGUAAUCUGGAAACGGUGGCUCUACAUCUUCAGUCAUGAGAAAAAUUUAAAAUAUCAAAAAGCAUGAAUCACAUUAAAAACCUCAAAUACAACAAAUGCUCCAUUACUCUCUGCACUAUAUCGUUCUUUAUAUUCGAUCGAACUAAUUCUAUACACUCAUGAACUGUCCUGCACUGGUACAGUUAGAGUGUAGCUACCAAGAGCAAACCUAUUGUGUUUCGAAUAAAACAUAAGAUGUUUAUGAAUUAUAUAUACUGCCGAGGUACAUAAGUUGAAAAGAUGUCAUUUGUAAAGACAACAAAUCAAUUUGUUACCAAUGACUAUAAAUAAAUCAUAAAAAUGA